CUAACUACGGGAUUUAUUUUCUCAUUGUUAGAACUUGCUUAAGUGUAAACUCCUUGACAGGAACAGGAAUUGUAGCUGUGUUAAUAAUUAUCAAUUUAUAUCGCAGUUGUACAGAAUGAGGUUCGUCCAGCUCGGACUGAUAGUGUGCUUGACAGCCUUGACGCCCAUCCAGGGAUCACGACUGAAUAGACUAGAAGAAGACGUGGACGCUCUCAAAAGAUUUAUGUUUAGGGAGCUAUUAUCUAUUCGAGAUCAAGUAAAAGACAUCUCAAUUAGAGUCGAUACUUUGGAAAACGCCACAGUUAUGCAAGACCCAAGUAGCACUAAUCAAUACAUGGACAUACAUUCUAACAACAUUGGUGAUGAAACUGGUACUGAGCAUAACGAAGCACGUCUUGUAAAAGCAGAGGUUCAAAACAUGCGCAAGGCUUACGCAAAUGACAAAAAGGACUUACAUCAACUGACGAACGAUGUUAAAGGCCAACUGAGAGAGCUUGAACAAAAGAUAACUAGCCAUAUGCAUAACCUGACUGCAGAAGUGCAACACAAUAUCGAAUACAUUCAUAAAAACCUAUCGCUUGCAAACGUUACUUUGUCAGAGUUCAUCAACGUGUCUAAUUCAAACGUUAGUAUUUUUUCGGACAAUAUAAAAAUGGAAAUAAAAAAAGUUUUUGCAAGCUCUAGUGAAGAUCUUGAGUUAAGAUUAAAUGAAACAGAAGAAAAAAUAAAAAGCAAUAUAUCUUUAACGUACAGUCAUAUUGAAGAUGAACUUGAAAGAUUUAUGUCACUUGCUGAUCGCAAUGUAAGUGAGAUGAUGCUAAAAGCACAUAGCAUCUUCAGUAUGAUUCGUACUAAUUUUACGGAAAUGACGAUUCAAAGCACCAAUUUAUCUCUGGAACUACAAACAACUAAAAAUGAAAUGAAAGGUGUAGAGAAAAGGCUUGGGGAUAAGCUCCAGUUAAUUUCAAGUCAUUUAGAGAAAGAAAUUGUUUCUUUAAUUUUUUUACAUUAUUAUUAUUAUAUUCCGGGUGCAAAAGACAUCCGGCUUGCCAACGCGUCUGCAUACCACUCCACUGGCAUCCAGGGACGACUAGAGGUCCGUCAUGAUAAAAAGUGGGGCACUGUGUGUGAUGACAGCUUCGAACGUUAUGUAACUGAAGCUCACAUAACAAACAACGUUAAUGUGGUGUGUAGGAUGUUCGGGUUCCGGGAAUGUGAGUAUGUGAUAAGGGCGGGCCUGGGUAAAGGCAGUGGGGCCAUCUGGAUGGACAAGGUGAAAUGUGAAGGGGGAGAAAGUUGCUUUUUAGAAUGCCCUCACCUCGGUUGGGGGAAGCAUGGCUGCAAUCAUGAGGAAGAUAUAGGGUUCCGUAUGCGGAACUGAUACAGUGAUAACAUAAUAUCACGAUUUAAUCGAAAGGGUUUAUAAUUUAUGCAUUAAAAGUGCUUAUUAUACUGGAAAAAUGAAAAUAGCGUAUGUAUUUUUAUUGCAAUGUUGUGAAAAAGUUAUAUGUGUAUAAUAGACGUUCUGUGUUGCACGUCAAAUAGCGUCAUCUUAUGCACCGUCAGGUUUGUCGUGAUGCAGAUUAAAAUAUAACUUUACACGUUAAACACGGAUACUUCGGUGAAAUCUCUACUCAAAUUAAAUAAAUGACUUUUUACGUCUUACCAACAAAGACACACAGAGAUUAAACAAAAAAGUGAAUGUUCAAUCGUUUGUUAUAGAUUUCAAAAUACUAUGUAUUUAUAACGAACGACACAGCAGAUGAAAGUCAAGUGGCAUUAUUUAAUUCAAUGACAGGACGCCCGCUAUUUAAUACCUCGAACAGCCGUGUUCUAUGCAACCAUAUCUAAAUAUUAGUGUGUUUAUAUGACAACCAAUUGUCCAAGAAGGGAAAUAUUUGCCAGUUUUUGAAAGAAAUAUGAAACAUGUUUUAAGACUGUCAAUAUGUGUUUAUGUAUAUGUUAUAAUAAAGACUACUUUUUAUCUUCUAAAAACGCUCUCAUGUUUAUAUAAAGCAUGGUUAAAACUACGUCUCUCCUGUUAUUAUUUGCUUUGUGCAUUUACAUAUUGCUUGUUAUGAGGCUUAUCGAAUCCUCAUAUUGUCAUGUUAUCAUGAACUUAC